AUGCUAGGCGACCUUCGUGUGCUGCAUGUUCCUUCCUCGGACACCAAUGUGUUGCCGCCAGUCAUCCUUCAGUUCGGUGCGGAUCGCUACCUCUUCAACGUAGGUGAGGGCACUUCGCGCUCUUCGACCCAACGCAAAGCCAACCUCAGUCGCAUAUCCAACAUCUUUGUCUCGCGUGUAGGAUGGGAAGCUAUCGGUGGUCUCCCAGGCGUUCUCAUGUCCAUGGCUGAUGGUCAGCGUGCUAGCGAAUCGCUUCACGGCCCCGAUGGUCUUCGCUAUGCUCUCGCUACCAUGCGAACAUACGCCAAGCGGGACAUCAUGAAGCUCGAGGUCAACGAGAUCCCUGCUAUCUCAAGCUCAUCGAGCUCUGCUAGCAAGCAUGCUGGCAAGCCAUCUUGCUCUGCACCAGUCUUCAGUGAUGACAAUUUAGCUGUAUAUGCCGUGCCUUUGCUCCCAGCCGAUGCUGCAGAACGUGCUUCCAAGAAGCCCAAGCUCGACCGCGAGCACUCCUCAGGCCCUUCAGCAGCAACGAUAGAGAAGGUCGACCAGCUCUGGCGCAAGCCUUACUUCAACCCAUCUGAUCUCCAUGGCGAACAAGCAGAAGCCUGGAUUCGUAUCGUAUCCGAUUGCAUCUUCAAUGACUCGCUACUUCGCAGACGCCAGCAGGAGCAACAACAGCAACAAUCUGACAUUACAAACAAUGAUGCAUCGACACAAGUUUCAACAUCGACAAAGCUCGUCUUUUCAGUGGAGCAUGUCGAGAUGGACGACCUCGAAGCGCAGCAGGCUCCAGCAUCACCUCGCGCGAGAGCCCGCUCGCCCUGGCGGCCACCACUCUCGCCCGCCUUUGUCACACGUCUACUACCACGACCGCAAUGCGACACCCGCUAUCUUGCAGCCGACCGUAGUGAUCCAGCCGAAGGUGGUCAAACACCUGUCCUCGCUUUCAUCUGCGAAGCACACGCGCAAAGAGGCAAGUUCGACCCUGUCAAGGCCACCGAAGCCGGUGUCCCUCCAGGUCCAUCUUUUGCAGCUUUGACCAAGGGGGAGAAUAUCACGCUCAAGCGCCCAACGACAUGGGCCAGCAUGCAGGAUGAUGAGAAGAAGAGGUGGAUCCAAAGUCAAAGAGGAGGUGUGGGCAGCAAGCCGAAACCAAACAGCAAGCAAAACGGCAGGGGCAAGAGCAAGAGCAACGAAGUUCAGGAACCACCACCUGCUGCAUGGAACGAGCUCGAAGAAGUUCUAGUCAGGUCGAGCGAAGUGUUGGGACCCUCACGCGCUGGAGCUGUCGUCUUCCACGUCUACUUGCCGUCCGCCGCCUACAUCGAUGAUCUGCUUAGUGACAAUGCUGCCCAAUCCUUCUCACCAUACACCCAGGAUGCCAACAAAGGUCUCAGCAGGGAGCAAUCUAGAACACCGCAUGCCAUCGUCCAUGCUAUCCCGCUCGACGUGCUGAAAGACACUCGUUAUCAACAGUGGAUGCGUCGAUUCGGACCUGACUGUCAUCACAUCAUCGCCAACUACGAUGUCUGCGCGAACAAGCUCAUGUUCCCUUCUAGUGCCACGAUUCCACUCCGGCUCUCCAAGCUCGACGAGGUGAUGUUCAAGGUGCCGCAGUAUCAGCUCAAGCCUCGUGUUUGCGUCGAACAGUUGACAGCUGGCGAGUCCGACUUCCCACUCAAGUUGGUAGCCGCUGAAGCAGACCAGGUCAUUCUUUUGCACCCUCGCGGGGGACCGAAGCGCUACCACUCGGGUGCGCCCGACUUUGACUUUCCCAUCCAGUCCGAGGAAGCGAACAAGGUUGCAGCUUUCGAAGUCGAGGCUGUGGAAGAGACCGAGCAGCAGACUCAGCAGCUUGUCAAAGCAAAAGCCAAGAAUGAUGCUGCCUCGAAUGCAAAAAAGCAGAAGGCGCAAGCCAAUCGAGACGCAUCAACAGACGAUCUGGGAGCUGUCCGAAACUUGCGGCUCAAGGAAGCGCGAAAGAAGGCCUGGGAAGACUACCUCGAUGUCGUCAAGAAGAUCAAGGCUCAAAGCCAGACUGCUUCCAACGCGAUGCCCCCUGAAAAGGACAUCCUAGUCACCACGCUCGGCACUGGCUCAGCAGCCCCAAGCAAGUAUCGUAACGUCAUCUCGACGCUCAUCCACACUCCAUCUUCGGGUAAUAUCUUGCUUGAUGCUGGUGAAUCCACCUACGGUCUUCUUCGUCGCAAGUUUGGAUGUCGACGUGAUGGCACAGCUGCUGAGAGUGGAUCGCUGGUCGGACAGGACGUCGACGACAUCCUGCGCGAAAUGCGAAUACUCUUCAUCAGUCACAUUCACGCUGACCACCACAUUGGCCUCAUCCGUCUGCUGCUGGAGCGACGGAAGCUUCAGCCUCAACCCGACAAGCCUCUCUACUUGGUGGGUACCGGGUUUGUGCACAACUACCUGGAGGAAUAUGAGCACAUCGAGAAGCUCGGCUUGGGCGAAGAUGUCAUUCUGGUGCUCAGCGAGCACCUGGACUACAAGAGCGGAGUUGACCCCUUGACUCGCGCUAACGGUUCAGCCAAUCUUGAUCCUUGUACAGCAGCCGCAGAGGGCAACAGCAGUCGAGAGCCAAAGGUCAGGCGCGAGCAUUUGACUCAGGUCGAGGGCAUCAAAGCCCUCACCGGACUCUCGCACGUCCACACAGCACGUGUGGUUCACCGCGGCUCGCACUGCUACGGUCUCGUCAUUCGCCACACGAAUCAAGACUGGUCAGUGGCCUACUCUGGUGAUACUCGUCCGGCUGCAGAACUCAUCGCCGCUGGACGAGAUUGCAAGCUGUUGAUCCACGAAGCGACGCUCGAAGAUGGCGAACAAGAGAUGGCAGUUUACAAAGGACACUCUACUUUUGGCGAAGCUAUUCGAGUGGGACACGAGAUGGGAGCGACCAAUAUCCUGUUGACUCACUUUUCUCAGAGGUAUCCCAAGAUGGCAAGGUCCUCGCUCUUUGCAUCGAGCGAGCAGAGUGAAGGCAAGAAGAAGGUGUCGAUUGCAUUGGCGUUCGACAUGGUCACCUAUCCGUUGAGUCAGUUUAGCAAGAUUCAGGGGUACACGCCAGCGAUGGAGGCGCUGUUCGCGGCUGAUACGGAGACUGAAGACGAGGUGCAGUCUGUCACUGCAGCCGAGCCGAUGGAGGGCGCUGGUAGUGGAGUUUCAAACGGCAGCAAAGGAGAUGGAAAGGGUCAGGGAGAUACAAAGCAGUCCAACGGGAAUAGCUCGAAAGGCGCUGCUGUAGUCAGCGUUGUUGCUACUUGGAAUGGCGAGUCUGCGGGAGAGACGGAAGCAAAGGGUACCAAGAAAGACACAAAGACUCAGACCUCGACACCUGAACCUCAAGAGCGGUACACGCGUAAAGGAAUGAAGCCCUCGGAAUGGCGAUACAUCGGACUGCGUCUUUCCUCGUCCUCUCCACUUGCAUCCAUACUACCAGCCUUGAUGCUAGACUUGGUGCAAACAGCGCAAACAGCGACAAUGGGCGUUGUCGGUGGAGCGUACAACGUCGACAUCCUCUCCACGCACCCUUCCAACGGGGAGGGCGAGGGAAAAAGUUGGGAUGCAGUAGUCAGAGUAGAAGCAAAGCAUGCACAGGAUUUGGUCACUUGUUUGAGCUUACUCCCCGCGCCGUUGGUGCAGAAUACGAGGGUGAGGAUGAAAGCCGUUGGUCCGACUACUGCUAUCCAGACGCUAGAGAACUUGUUAUCUUAA